AUGUCGAAUUCAUUAGACUACGGCUCGAUGCGCGGCAGUUUCAAUGACCACAUUACAAUCAGUUCAGAGUAUAUCACACUGAUCAACCAUGAUAGUUCUUUUUGUCUGUGCUCCGUCGUGUCCUCUGGCUACGACGCUUUCGCCGCCCCCGCUCUGGGUCGCACCAUGAACCGUUGCUCCCUGGCCCGCGAGAUGUCCGCCAUGGGUGUGCCCCGCGAUCAGCUGAGCAAGUGGACUUGCAUUGCUGAGCACGAGAGCUCCUUCCGCACCGGCGUUGUUGGCCCCACCAACUACAACGGCUCCAACGACUACGGUAUCUUCCAGAUAAACAACUACUACUGGUGCCAGCCUGCCAACGGUCGCUUCUCCUACAACGAGUGCGCCCUGAGCUGCAAUGCUCUGUUGACCGACGACAUCACCAACUCUGUGCGUUGCGCCCAGAAGAUCCAGCGCCAGCAGGGCUGGUCUGCCUGGUCCACCUGGCACUUCUGCGACGGUGCUCUGCCCUCCAUCGAUGACUGCUUCUAAGCUAUUACCCAUUUCCGACUAAUAAACAAUAUAAAG